AGCAACAUGGCCUUAUUCAGAGAUAUGGCGGGCAUGAAGCCCUUGACUGCGACGACCACGGACAGUGUUCUGAUCAUCAUUGACGCGCAAAACGAAUACGCAUGCGGGCUUCUGAAAGUCGACAAUGUCGACAAAAGCCGCGUUAUUAUCAAAUCUCUCCUUGAAAAAUACCGUGCCACCGCCAAAGCCACGGGCAAGCAGAACCUUGUUCAUAUCGUCCAUCAAACCGCCGCUGAUGCGCCUGUAUUCACCACUGGCACCACAUUGGCGGAUGAGUUUGAGGAGUUAAAGCCCUUGGAGGGUGAGAAGGUUAUCACCAAAAAGUUCCCCAGCGCAUUUGCGGAGACGGAUCUUCACGAAUACUUGCAAAGCCUCGGUGCGAGAAAGAUUGUAUUGGUGGGGUACAUGGCACAUGUCUGCGUAUCUACCACAGCCAGAAGAGCUGCUGAGCUUGCUUAUGAUAUCGUCGUCGCCCAGGAUGGAGUUGGGGGUCGUCCUCUUGGCGAAUAUUCGGGUAAUGAAAUCGCCAAGGUUGCUCUACUAGAAGUUGCGGACUUCUUUGGGACGCUGGUAUGGAGCAAGGACAUUAACUAA